AUGGUAGACCCAGAAAAUCAAGAAUCUUCUGAUGCCGGAGAACCCCAAGUUCCUUGGCUUGUCAAAUGGGGUGCUAAAGGACUCUCACUUGCUGGAGCAGUUGGUGUUGGAAUCUCUGCAAUUUGGUGCUUUUUGUCACUCGCAAAUUUCAUUCCUUGCAUCAUUGGCGGUGUUUCGCAAGUUGUUUCGGCCAUAUUGAUUUUUGUCAUCGAAGUUACUUUUCUCUUCAAAAAUUCUCAGUCGAAACCGCUGAAAGCAGCUCUCUGGAUUGCUUCGAAAAUGAGAUGGUGGCUUCGAGCAUUGCUUUACGUCGGACUGGCGAUCUUUUUUGUUGCGAUGUGCUUUGGAAUCGGAAAUUUGGUCUCAAUGUUUAUGCUCGGCGGGGGCGGAGUUCUGUACGGCAUAGGGUCAUUCCAACACAAACGAAAUACUGGUGGAGCCCUUUUUUGA